GCAAAAUCCCACGAGCAGCUGGGAAGAGAAAUAAUUGCACAUUUCUCUGAGAGACUAUGUGUGUGUUUGCUCGGGAGUUACACAUUCACAGCCUGAGUUAUGCACAGUCGCAUCACAAACAGCAACUGGGUCAACACUUAAAUAUAUCAGUAGUUUUUGUUAUAUUGUGAUGGGAAGGGGGGAGUGGAGGUUACUGGACUGGAGUGCCUCUCCAGCGCUCGAGCCAGCGCCGCCUCCGGCCAUAGGUGUUGAUUAUCACAGCGGAUCGUGGGCAGGUCGAUGAGCUCUGGCAGCGGGGAGACAUGUCACAGGCUCGCUUCCUCCUCCUUCUGGUCGCUCUGUCCAUGAACUUUCAGAAAACGUCAGCUAAGAAGAUGCAGGCCACGCUGGAAAAGUGGGAGAAAUAUUCUGAUGAAUGUUCCAGAAACAUGUCCAGGACCCCUCAGCCCACAGGUGUCGUGUGCAACCGGACCUUCGACAAAUAUGCCUGUUGGCCGGACGGCCUCCCAGAUACAAUUGUGAACGUCUCCUGUCCUUGGUACCUGCCCUGGUACAACGCAGUGGAGAACGGGUCUGUGUACAGGAAAUGUGGAGCCAAUGGCCAGUGGGAGAUGGGACCCAAAAUGCAGCCCUGGAGGGAGAGCAGCCAAUGUGUGUUCAACGCCAAAGACGACCGGUUUGAGAAAAAAAUGGGGAAAAUCUUGGCUGGUUUCAAAGUGAUGUACACAGUGGGCUACUCCUUGUCCCUGGGAACCCUGAUCCUAGCCCUCGGCAUCCUGGUGGGAUUCAGGAAGCUCCACUGUAUGCGGAACUAUAUCCAUAUGAACCUAUUUGCCUCCUUCAUUCUGCGCGCAGUAUCCAUCCUCAUCAGAGACGCACUUUUCAAAAUGCAUUACACGAGUGUCACCACGGGCAACCCGGACAUCAAAAUGUGGUUCAACAACAAGACGGCGGGGGGCUGUAAGGCUGCGCAGGUGCUGAUGCAGUACUGCAUUGGGGCCAAUUACUACUGGCUGCUGGUGGAGGGCGUCUACCUGCAUAACCUGCUGGUCAUCGCAGUCUUCUCCGAGAAGAGCUUCUUCAAUAUUUAUUUAUAUAUCGGCUGGGGAGCCCCUGUGUUAUUUGUUGUUCCUUGGGUGGUGGUGAAAUAUUUAUAUGAAAAUUCUGGAUGUUGGACCUUGAAUGAGAACAUGGCAUUUUGGUGGAUCAUCAGGUGUCCCAUUCUCCUCUCCAUAUUGAUCAACUUCUUCAUUUUUAUCCGCAUCAUUCACAUUCUGGUCUCCAAGCUGCGAGCCCAUCAGAUGAGAUACAACGAUUAUAAAUUUCGAUUGGCCAAGUCUACGCUCACGCUGAUCCCGCUGCUGGGCAUUCACGAGGUGGUCUUCGCCUUCUUCAUGGAUGAGCACGCGCAGGGAACACUGAGGCUCGUCAAACUCUUCUUCGAUCUGUUCUUGAACUCCUUCCAGGGGAUGCUGGUGGCCAUUCUGUACUGCUUUGUGAACAGAGAGGUGCAGUGUGAGCUGCUGAAGAAGUGGAAGCGCUGGAAGCUGGGGAAGGACAUUGAGGAGGAAUACAGGCACACGUAUAGCCAGACCCUGCACCUCAGGCUCCCCGCCAACCUGGAGAAACACAAGCUGAUGACGAGCGGGGCGGGAGCGGGGAUCGGGGCCGGGAUGGGGGCUGGAGGAGCCAGCUACCACAACGGCACGGGCAGAGUCAGCCCCACCGGACCCCCCUGUGCCGAGCGAGCGCCCCCCAGCACGGAGCCGGUGCGAACCACCGACCGGCUUCACUGCUAUGGUUUCCCUCAGGAGCCCGACCACAAAGCCCUCUGUCCGGCUGAGAGCAAGUGCUGAACUUUAAUCCCAGUCAGUGGCCAUGCGUCCAGGGUCCUCUGACAAUCACCCCCUUUUCCCCCCUCACUAUUGGGGGGCUUCUGUGAGUAGGGGAAGGGGUGGUCUCUCCUGGCCAGGCGACAAGGAGGCAAAGGCAGGGGGUGGUGUGGGGUGGAGGUGAACAGGUUGUCAGCACUUUAAGGAGCUUUGGAGAGGCUGGGUUUUGUUGCUUUGUCUCUUCUUCCCCCCCCCACCCCUCACCCCCAACAAACUGUUCAUAUCUUCACUGUGGAGCCACACGAGAACAAACAAAACUUCCCACAAUAAGGUGAUACACCCGGUGGGGUGGGGUGGGUGAUUGGGGAUUCACCCCCUUGCUGAUUCCCCCCCCACCCCCCAAUCUAUGUAAGGAGUUGGAAAGCUGAGAUCAUUCACUGAAACUAAAUUCUCACCCAACAGUUCGAGGGAAUUUGCUUCCCCCCCCAAUUUGAGCCUCUCUCCCCCACCACCCCCUACCAUGUUAAACCAAGACUCUCUUCUCCUCCUCCCACCCCCCUCAGUGCCUCAGUGGUGCCCCAAAAUUGACUACUUUUAUUGCUCGUUCCUGAAACCUCGCACGGGGGAGGGGGGGCUGUUUCCCCCCAGAGAUAGGGACACAAGAAAUCUUAUAUUUUUUUUAAGCAAGGCUUUCUCCCCCAGCACAAGUUGUCCCCCCCACCACCCAUGCUCUCUCGCUCUCUCUCCAUCCCCCCCAACCCCUCGUGAAGUCACCAUCGCUCACCGUCGUGCGUGUGAGCACAAUUUUGCGUUCCUUUGCGACACACUAAAAUGUGUGUCACUCAGCUUCGUGGCUGGAUUAUUUUAUGCAGAGCGACUGGGGUGUGGAUGGGGGGGGUUUGUGUGGGGGUGGGGAUUGGUGUGGGAAGGGGGAGGGAGGUGGUGAAAGGGGCGAUGUCCAACGCACUAAACCAAUUCCGCAUUGGAGAAGCUGGCAACAAAAAAAAGGCAUCUAUAAAUAAACCAUGAGGUGUGCCUUUUUCUAAAAAAAAA